UUAGCAAUAUUUGUUUUCUGUACUCAGCUUAUGAGCUCAAGAGUCAGCUCCUGAUUCCUGUCUCGUGUGUAGUGUCUUGUCUUAUGUGAAAGUAAGGACCGCUUCUGGACUUCCGUGUGUCAAACCAUAACAACAAAAUAUUUAAGUUCAUAACGAGUACAACAACGGCAACAUACAGUUGUAUUUUAUUUAUACAAAAGUAAAUGUUAUAAUGGAGGACAAAUUGAUGCUGGAUGAUAUAUCCAGCAGUUUGAGAGAGAGGGUGUUUUUCGCAGCAAGGGAUGGAAUGUCAUUAACUCUAUACGCUUUGUUAUAUGAGAAAAAAAAAGACGACAUAGAUGACUUACUUAAUAGCGAUGUAUGCUGCGAUGGAGUAAAGUGUACUCCAUUGAUAGCAGCUUCUAGACAUGGAAGAGAAGGGGCAGUCAGAAUUCUUCUAGAGAAGUUCCGUCCACCUGUUAGAUUGGAGACAGAGGGCACUGUCAAAUUUGACGAGUAUGUUAUUGAAGGUGCCACAGCUCUCUGGUGUGCAGCAGGUGCAGGUCACUUAGGGAUAGUUAAACGGUUAGUUCGAGCUGGAGCUAAUGUGAAUCACGCGACAAAGACACUAAGCACACCCCUACGAGCCGCCUGCUUUGACGGACGACUCGAUAUAGUGAAGUACCUCGUGCGACAUGGGGCGGACAUACACAAGGCGAACAAGUACAAUAAUACAUGCCUUAUGAUCGCAGCAUAUAAAGGACACCUCGAUGUGGUCCAGUUUCUGUUGGACAGCGGCGCGCGCGUGGACGAGAGGGCGCUGUGCGGCGCGACGGCGCUGCACUUCGCGUCCGAGUGCGGGCACGCGGCCGUCGUGUGCGCGCUCAUCGACCACAGCGCCAAGAUACUCACCAACGAGAACGGCAUGACUCCGCUGCAGUGCGCGGCGGAGCGCGCGCGCGCGUCUGUGGUGGAGAUCCUGGCGGCGCGGCCCGAGGUCACGCGCACGCAGGCCGUCGAGGCCUACGAGCUGCUGGGCGCCUCCUUCGCCAACGACAAGGAGUACUACUGCUUGAGGAUGGCCUACCAGUACCUACACAGAGCGAUGGCGAUGCGCUACGACACUCGCUACGGUAUACUCCUGAAGAAACCCGCCGAACCCAUUCCUGCCUACGAUAAUUGGAGAGAGAGCACCACUCUGGAGGACGUGGAGCGGCUGGUGGGCAACCCGCACGGGCUGCACAUGGAGGGGCUGACGGUGCGCGAGCGGCUGCUGGGCCGCGCGUGCCCCGACCUGCCGCACCCCGUGGUGUUCCGCGGCGCCGUGUUCGCGGACGAGGCGCGCUUCGACCGCUGCCUCGCGCUCUGGAAGCACGCGCUGGCGCUGCGGCACCUCAACCAGGUGUCGGUAGUUAAAGAUUUGCUGAGGUUCGCACAAGUAUUCUCGCAGAUGAUUCAUAUUGGAAUCGAAUUGCCGCUCGAUCAGGUUUGUUACGUUUUGGAAGCAUGCGCGGAGGAACUUAAACGUGGCCUCUUGAGGAUGGACAAACCGCAAACGAAUCACGACCCGGACGCUUUAAUUGAGGAAUACGAGAGUAACGUCCGAACGGCUCUCUACCUGGUCGCGGUAGCUGCAAGACUGCUGGAGAAUCCUGGAAACGAUGACGAGACUAUCGGGGCGGCUCACCGAGCGAUAUUCAGGCUACGAUUCUCGUCGCUGAGAUCCGGUCAGACGCUAUUGCAUCUCGCGGUAGACAGACAGACACCAGUGGACGACUUCCACACGAGCGACGUCUGCCAGUUCCCGUGCGCGCGCAGCGCGCGCCUGCUGCUGGCGUGCGGCGCGCGCGUGGACGCGGCCGACGACGCGCGCCGCACGCCGCUGCACGUCGCGCUCAUCUCCUACCAGCUGCUGCCCGACGACGGGUCGCAGGCGCGCGAGGCGGUGUGCGCGUGCGUGUGCGAGCUGCUGGCGCACGGCGCGCACGUGGACGCCGUGGACGCGGCCGGCAUCACGCCGCUCGUGGCCGCCAUCGGCGGGCCGGCGGAGGGCGUGGUGCGCGCGGCGCUGUCCCCGCGGCUGGCGUGCCUGGCGGCGGCGGCGCUGGCGGCGCACGGCGCGACCUACACGCCGGCGCACGUGCCGCGCGUGCUGCACGCCUUCCUCGCCAUGCACGGCGUGCGGCCCAGGUAGACGACCCCGCUGCGACACUUGCCAAAAACUUCCAGCUUCAUCUACCGACUCCGUCGUCCGUAGCGCUAGCUUGAUUCGAAAUUUGCCGAAAGAUCGAUGAGGUAUUUGACAGGCGGUGCGUUCUUUAGAUUCUGGUUUAUCUGCCUGCUAUGGUAGGUGCCCGUCGGUCGGAUCGUCUCCUAGUCGUUAGUGAGAAGUAUUUUUAAACAUCUCGAAUCUUCCAUGCUUUCGAACGAAAUUGGAUUAGAACAAAAUUUUAGUAUUAGAUCUUUAGCCAAGUACUUGUAGAUUUUUAUAUUUUAUUAUAACCGAUUUCUUUUGAGAUGCCAUACCCGCUAGUUGACUAUAUAAUAUUAUGAUAUUAUAUUAUAGAAUCUUCUAGAAAGCUAUAGAAACAGGAAAUCUUCGUGGGCUUAUUUUUUUGACGAGUUAAAGUAAUUAACGAUAUAUUUUUUCAGAAUUUGUGAAUUUGCAUUCAUUGUCCUGUUAAUGAUUCUUUAUUAUAUAAAGUUUCUUGUGUCAUAUUAAUUUUUGUUUAAGAUAUUGUUAAUGGUUAUUUUUUAUGACUUUAUUUUUAAUGUGAUGCACAAUUUUGUCGAUUGUAUAAAAUAUGGGAACUAUGGAUAUUAGAAUUGAAUUUAUUUCUUUUAAUUGACUGACAUGGUGUGUUCUUAAAUUGAAUUUUUUUUUGUCAACAUAUCCUACUUUAUGACACAGAUAAUAAAUAUCAUAGAUAUUAUUAAGAUCGCAUAAAUUUGACUGAGAAGUAGUUUAUAUUUAUUAUUGUGUUCAUAUUACUUUAAAAUGUUUACUCAUAUGACAUAUCCUUACCGAAGUAUAUAACAUGAACUUCGAUAUAUAACUCAUUAUAUAUAAUUCGUAUUUAAUUAACAGCAGCAAUUAAUAUACAAGCUUUCAAAAGUAUGUAAGUAUGAAAUAUUUAAUUGUUUCAAAGUACGGGACAGAUUAAGUGAUUGGUCGAACACAGGGUUCCUAUGUGUUCCGAUCGUUUAUAUAACGAAGGCUCAAAUCGAAUAUUUAUUAUAUAUAGACGCUAAAUAGAGGCGAAUGAAAUGUGAUAAUUAACAUAGAUAACGUUUAGGUUAAGGGUAGAACAAUUAGACGCCUUUAAAACUGUGACGUGAUAACGAAUAUAUAAAAAAAAGUUUUUUUUUUUUGGUAUGUAAAUUAAAGAGUUAAAAAACGAGUGUUUUGGGACUGAUAAGAGUCUCAUUCGGGUUCUCUAAUAGUCUUUUAAAAACUAUAUUUAUAGUAUUUCUGUCAGCUGUAGAAAAUGCUUAUAAAUAGCGCUGUCUUUUUCUCGCACACUUAGUGAGAACGGGACGGGGAUAUCAACACGAAUCAAUGCACAUUAAUUUUAUUUAAAAUUAUUAUAUUUAAGUUAUCUAUAAGCAAAAUUUUAAUAGUUAAUAAUGAGCUUUGGUUUGAUGAUAAUUUGAAAUAAUCGAUUAAAACAUACUAUACUACUUACCUACUUAUAAACGUUGCAUAGCGGGUGUUUACGUAACACUGAUUCCUCUCUUUCUCUCAUCAAUGUUUUCGCAUUCGAAAGAAAAAUAGAGCAUUGUUUAACUAAAUCACCCACUGAACAUUUUUUGUAUUUAUUUAAAUCACCAUAGACGAUAGAUAAACUUAUUCGAUUUUUUCAAAACACGCUUGACAUAUUUUUAUUCAAAAAAAAAAUGAUAUUUUUAUAAAACAAUUGUUUAUCAGUCACCGAAAUCGUUUUGAUUUGUAUAAAAAUAGUUAAUUUUGUGUAAUAUUAUCGUUGUUUGGAUUUAAGUAGGUAGAUUAAAACGAUUAUAUUAAUUUAAUUAAUAAUAUAUAUUAAUUUUUUUUUAAUUAGUAUGCUAUAGAUCGAACUAGUCAUUAUUUUACUGAUAUUAAUAUUUUAAAGAACUAUUGAUGUAAAAAUAUUGUAAUUACUCGCACUUGCUAACAUUGACAAGCUCAGUUUUCAGUCUUUUACUUAGGCGUCUGUAAGCGCAAAGUUCGCAAAUUGUUACGACAUUACCGGCCAUCUUUGUACUCACUGAACGAUUGCUUAGUAACAACACAUUUACUAAUCAAAUUUCAGAAUUAUUUUAUAACAAUUGUUGAGCUGAAAUGAAAUAUUAUUUUUUUCAAAAAAAAAAAAAAAAAUUAAAACCGAUUUAAAUAUUGAUCACUGUCUAAUACCAAUAAAU